AUAUCGAGGGGCGUGCGCUAGUCGUCCUACCCGAUAUCUUAGCGCCAUCAGCAUUAGCGCGAUAAAGCUGUUUUUGUGGAUAUGGAAAUAAAGCUGUGCUGCUCUUGAGACAACCGACAACUUCAGCUGCUUGAUGUGAACCUACACCUCUGUGCCAAACAUGGCAGAUAAGGGAAUAAAAAAAGAUUUGGCAGCUACGAAUCCACGAGGCAUCCCAUAUGCGCCGUUUGUCGAUAAAAUCGAAGACUAUGUUACCUCACGCGCCGAUGUUGAAACGACUCUUAAGAGCUUCCAAGAGAUGAUAUCGAAAUAUCAAUUCAUGGAAGCAAACCAACAACGCAGAGCGGCAGGCUUGAAGGACAAGAUGCCAGACAUUCAGAAGACUUUGGAUACUGUGAAGUUUUUAAAGACACGAAAACCUGGCUCCGAUCCAAUAGAAGCUACCUUCGAGCUCAACGAUACAUUAUACGCCAAAGCGGAAAUCCCACCAACGGAUGAGGUCUAUUUGUGGUUAGGAGCAAACGUGAUGCUGUCAUACCCCAUUGACGAAGCCGAAGAAAUACUUUCGUCACAACUUUCGGCCGCGAAACGGAACUUGGCAAACUGCGAAGAGGAUCUGGAUUUCUUGAGAGAGCAAAUUACGACGAUGGAGGUUGCUACGGCGCGAGUCUAUAAUUGGGAUGUCACGAUGAGGCGGAAAGAAAAGAGUGAGCAAGCUGCCUUGGAAGACACAGGAAAGAAUGGAACUCCAAAUGGUUGAGCUGCUUAGAUCUUAAUGAAACACAAUCCCAAAGAGCUUCAGAUGCAAGAGUGUAAAGGACUUCAGGCAGGACUCUGUGACUUGCGUUGG